CCGGCUCCCGCUUGUGCAAACCACCAAGAUGCCGCCAUUUUGUGCCUUCCACAUUACAAUGGCGACGACGAUUUUGCGCAUCACGAAAAUGUUGCGAACGCUGCCGCUUCGAUGCAAAAUACCACUGAUGCCGUUUCCGCCCUUCCUUCUGCCCAUGGUAUGGCCGCCGCCCUUCCCCGCGGCCCUGACGACAUCGAGGCCCAAUUUGAGAAGCUGCGACAGCAGCAGCAGCUAGCUGAAUUACGCCAAAAGGUGCACCAACUUGAAACGCCGCAGCCAGUCGCCCUUUGCGUAAAGGACUUUGAAGCUUUUAUCGAGCCACUCGACGUCGAUAAGAACCCCAAUGUCAUCCGAUGGUUCCGCGACUUGGAGCGUCUCUUUGCACUUUACCGAGUGCGCGAUGCAGAUAAAUUUUUCUUCACCCUUCGGCUCCUCACCGGCACAGCCGCUAACGUCGCAAAAGAACUGGUUGUAACCACUUAUGAUGAGUUGAAGAAAGAGUUGAUCGACAAUCUUCACGUAGUUGCUACGCCCGAAUCUGUUUAUCGCCAACUCCGUAACUGUCGAUUGCGGCCCCAGGAAUCCGCCCUGCACUACUUGUUUGACAUGCAGCGCAUCGCAGACCAAGCCAGUAUCGCCGAUUCAGAACUGAUCCCGAUCGUCAUCGACGGCUUGGGAAGCCCGUCAAUUACGUCGAGUCUGCAUUUCAUGCCUCUUACGAUGAACGACUUCCGGAAGAAAUUGAAACUUUUCGAAUCUUGCCGUCAUCUUUGCACCACCCAGCCCCCUUCCGCUGAUGCCCGGGCCACAACGAACAGCUGUAUGGAACGGCCCCGCCUAUCGCAGGAACCCAUCCGCUGCUUCAACUGCUCCCGAUUCGGACACCUUCAGAACGCGUGCCCGCGACCUAAGCGCCCACCCGGCGGAUGUUUUCGUUGUUUCCAGACUGGACACGUCUACCGUAACUGCCCUGAACGUCGGGCCAACGCCACUGUCGAGGGCAAUACUAGUUCGGACGAAGCUCUCGCCACAAAUCAAGAGGAAGUCCUGUGAGCUUCAUUAGCGACACGAUAGUACCAGUUAAGAUGCUAGGACCUCUUUCCGCUACCGAAUACUGCACUAUGAUUAAGGGACCACUUUACUCUCGAGGAAAAAUCGAUUGUACUAUCCGAUUUAAGAAUCAUUCCGUUCGACACUCUUUUAUUAUAUUACCUGGAAUUGCGUGGCCAGUCAUUAUCGGUCGCGAUUUACUGAACUCACUUAAUAUUUUUCUUACGUAUUCAUCUCUUACAACUUCAUGUAUUACUAAACCUCUAUCGACGGAACUUAAAGAAGUAGAUACGAUUCUUCCAGAAAAAUUAGACGAUGCUAUUAGGAGUAUUUGUGCGCUCGAUGUGGCUGAAGCUGAUAAUGAAUUGGAUUUAGGAAAAACAUUAUCUUUGGAACAACGUUCAAUAGUCAAUUCCAUUGUUGAAAACUCAUACCUCAACUAUACUUCAGAUGUUAUACCGCUCAAACACCCUAUGAAAAUCAAUCUGACUCAUGAUACACCAAUAUUUACUAAGCCGCGAAGACUCUCUUAUGGUGAAAGACAGCAGGUUAAGCAAAUUGUUGAUAAACUGUUAGCAGAAAACAUCAUCCGGCCCAGUAAUUCUCCUUAUGCUUCUGCGCUUGUCCUCGUUAGGAAAAAGAGUGGCGAGGUUCGUAUGUGUGUGGAUUACCGGUCCCUCAACAAAAUUACAGUUCGGGACAAUUACCCCCUACCCCUUAUCGAAACUUGUUUGGAGCAUCUGUGUGGAAAAAAAUUCUUCAGUUUGCUGGAUUUGAAAAGCGGAUUCCAUCAAGUCCCAAUGAGUGAGGAGUCUAUCCCCUACACUUCUUUUGUGACCCCAGAUGGUCAAUUUGAAUAUCUGAAAAUGCCAUUCGGUCUCCGUAA